AUGGUCAACCCAGGCCGUGUCUGCUGCAUAGCAGCGCCGUUCCUCCUCUCAAUAGCCGUGUUAAUAUGCAUGGUACUGGUCUUCCUUGCCGGUACCUUUGACCGCAACAAGACGCUCGACGACCUGUACUUUAUAAAGAUCGACAUGACCAACCUCACAUUAACCUCCUCCGCAAACCUUGCAGGAGCAAACUCCAACAUCACCAUCCUGGGUGGCGCCCUCGAGGCCGCCAAGCAGUCCCUGGGUUUGAAAGACUACUACACAAUUUACCUUCGAAGCUACUGCAGUUGGAAUGGCAACGACGUCUACGCAAACUGCACCGACCCCAAAGCCUACUUUUGGUUCAACCCGAUCAAGGUCUGGGGCUUGAACAGCACGAGCGUCCCGGCCGACAGCUACCUGCCCAAGAGCUUUAUCGAUGGAGUGAACGUCUACCACAGUGCUUCCAAGGCCAUCUUCUACUUGUACGUUGGUGCUCUGAGUGCCGCGUGCGUCACCAUCCUCGUGGGCAUCUCGGCCAUAUUCUCACGAUGGGGUUCCUUCUUCACCACCUUCUGCGCUUCCGCCAUGGCCUUGCUCCUGGUGGCGGCAUCCGUCACCGCCACGGCAGUCUACAUCGUCCUGAAAGCCGCCUUGAAUGACACCCUGAAGAAGGACUACGGCAUCAAGUCGACAUUGGGUGGUUCGGUAUUCUCGGUCUCAUGGAUCGGUAGCGCGUUUGCGGUAGCGGCGGCAUUCUUCUGGUUGCUGAGCGUCUGCUGCUGCAGUGGGAGAAGCCCCUACAACCCAGGUAGCAAAGAGGCAAGACGCACGAGGGCGGAAAAGACCCCGUAUACCUAUGAGAGGGUGGGAAGUCCGUACAUGGGCCCGAGCGAUCACCAGAGUGUGCCGUUGAACACGCUUGGUCCCCAGUCGUAUGCGCCGCAGAGGGGCGCUGCUUAUGAGCCCUUCAGACCGCAAGGCGUUUAA